GUACCUACUCCCAGUCUCCUUCUAUACAUAUACGUGUACCCUCUGCUUCAAAUUUUACGUGGUACUAGUUGAAAAUUACAUGCUCAGACAAAAACAAACCAGAAACGAUUUAUUCACAUACAUAGCUCGAAAUGUUCAAAUUUUGAAUGAAGCAAGUAGUUGUUUCUCGAUAUUUUUCCCCCUUGACUGUCCAGAAGUUGCUUACAUAUAAAAGCACAAGAACACAUUCUGAUUCAUACAAAGCAGCCGCACAGCGUGCAGCAGAAGCAUCGUUCGAAUCCAACCGAUGGCGAAGCCGACGGUGGUGUUGCUGCCCGUGUGGGGCGCCGGCCACUUCAUGCCCAUGAUCGAGGCCGGCAAGCGGCUGCUCCGCGGCAGCGGCGGCGCGCUGUCGGUCACCGUGCUCCUCAUGCCGGCGCCGACGCCGGAUGCGGCGGUCGACAUCGCGGCCCAGGUGAAGCGCGAGGAGGCCUCCGGCGCCGACGACAUCAGCUUCCGGCACCUCCCCGCCGUCGACAUGCCGACCGUCCACACCGGCAUCGAGGAGUGGGUCUCCCUCAUACUGCGGAGCCACGGGCCCCACGUGAGGGCCGCCAUCGCCGGGCUCGAUUGCCCCGUGGCCGCGCUCGUCACCGACAUCUUCUGCACGCCGGCGCUCGACGUGGCCGCCGAGCUCGGCGUGCCGUCCUACGUGUACUUCACCUCCGGCGCCGUCAUGCUGGAGCUGCUGCUGUACUCGCCGGUGCUCGACGAGGAGGUGCCCGGCGAAUUCUCGGAGAUGGAUGGCGCGCUGAACAUUCCCGGGCUGCCGCCGGUGCCGCCGUCCGUGCUCCCGGCGACGAUGCUUCACAAGAAGAAGAUGUCGACAUACAGGUGGUUCCUCGAAACCGGGAGGUGCUACAUGAAGGCCACCGGCUUCAUCGUCAACACGGCGGCGGAGCUCGAGCAGAGCGUCAUCGACGCCAUCGCCGACGGCCGGUGCACGCGCGGGGUGCCCGCGCCGACGGUGUACGCGAUCGGCCCGGUGAUCGCGCUCACCCCGCCGCCGGAGCAGCCGCACGAGUGCGUGCGGUGGCUGGACGCGCAGCCCCCGGCGUCCGUGCUGCUCGUCUGCUUCGGCAGCAAGGGCCUCCUGCCGCCGCCCAAGGUGCGGGAGAUAGCCGCCGCGCUGGAGCGGAGCGAGCACCGCUUCCUGUGGGUGCUGCGCGGCCCGCCCAAGGACAGCCGGCCGGGGCAACGGGUGCCCACGGACGCCAUGCUCGACGAGCUCCUCCCCGAGGGGUUCUUGGACAAGACCAAGGGGAGGGGGCUCGUGUGGCCGACGCGGGCGCCGCAGAAGGACAUCCUCGCCCACGCCGCCGUGGGCGGGUUCGUGACGCACUGCGGGUGGAACUCCAUCCUCGAGAGCCUCUGGUUCGGCGUGCCGAUGCUGCCAUGGCCGCUCGACAACGAGCAGCACGCGAACGCGUUCCUGCUGGUGUCCGUCCUGGGCGUCGCCGUGCCGCUGCGGCUGGACCGGGAGCGGGACAACUUCGUGGAGGCGGCGGAGCUGGAGCGUGCGGUGAGCACCCUGCUGGGCGGCGGGGACGGCGAGGCGGGGAGGAAGGCGAGGGAGAAGGCCGUGGCCGUGAAGGCGGCGUGCCGGAAGGCCGUCGAGAAGGGCGGGUCGUCUGACGCCGCGUUCCAGAGGCUCGCCGAGGAAAUCCGGCGAGGUGCCGUUAAUGUCCCGAAGAAGCGAAACUGAAAGGACUGAAAAUCCGUCGACUGACGACUGUGCAGUGCAGAGCUGGCCAAAAUCGAAACGCCCAUGCGGCUUUGCGUGACUGCGUCUACACGUCGACAUGUGUACGUUUUAAAAUGCACGGGUUAGAGAUUCUAUCUAUCGACUAUACGUGUACGUCUGUACUGGCGUUUAAUAUGUGUGUAUAUGCAUAUCUGUUCAUUGUUCAAUAAUAAAUCUUUCAAAACAAGCAGAUUCUAA